AUGGCCCGAACGAAGCAGACUGCACGAAAGAGUACCGGAGGAAAGGCACCCAGGAAGCAACUGGCUACCAAGGCUGCAAGAAAGAGCGCACCUUCCACCGGCGGUGUGAAGAAGCCUCACCGAUACAGACCAGGAACCGUUGCCCUGAGGGAGAUCAGGAGAUACCAGAAGUCCACUGAGCUGUUGAUCCGAAAGCUGCCCUUCCAGCGACUGGUCAGAGAAAUCGCCCAGGACUUCAAGACUGACUUGCGGUUCCAGAGCACUGCAAUCAUGGCUCUGCAGGAAGCCAGCGAGAGCUACUUGGUCAGCCUGUUCGAGGACACCAACUUGUGCGCGAUCCACGCCAAGAGAGUCACGAUCAUGCCCAAGGACAUCCAGUUGGCUCGACGAAUCCGAGGAGACUUCUACCACAACAGCUACAACUACAACACGAUGUCAGGCAAAGGAGGAAAAUCGAAGAGCGGCAAAGUUGGAGCCAAGGCCAAGACCCGAUCAAGCCGAGCUGGACUGCAGUUCCCUGUUGGAAGAAUCCACCGAUUCAUCCGCAAGGGCAACUACGCUGAGCGAGUUGGUGCUGGAGCCCCAGUCUACCUUGCUGCUGUGCUCGAGUACUUGACUGCUGAGAUCCUUGAGCUGGCUGGCAACGCUGCUAAAGACAACAAGAAGUCCAGGAUCAUCCCCAGACACUUGCAGUUGGCCAUCAGGAACGACGAAGAGUUGAACAAGCUGCUCCACGGAGUGACCAUUGCUCAGGGCGGUGUGCUGCCAAACAUCCAGGCUGUGCUCCUACCCAAGAAGCAGUCUUCGUCUCAGCCCAAGUCUGACAAGAAAAUGGCCCGAACGAAGCAGACUGCACGAAAGAGUACCGGAGGAAAGGCACCCAGGAAGCAACUGGCUACCAAGGCUGCAAGAAAGAGCGCACCUUCCACCGGCGGUGUGAAGAAGCCUCACCGAUACAGACCAGGAACCGUUGCCCUGAGGGAGAUCAGGAGAUACCAGAAGUCCACUGAGCUGUUGAUCCGAAAGCUGCCCUUCCAGCGACUGGUCAGAGAAAUCGCCCAGGACUUCAAGACUGACUUGCGGUUCCAGAGCACUGCAAUCAUGGCUCUGCAGGAAGCCAGCGAGAGCUACUUGGUCAGCCUGUUCGAGGACACCAACUUGUGCGCGAUCCACGCCAAGAGAGUCACGAUCAUGCCCAAGGACAUCCAGUUGGCUCGACGAAUCCGAGGAGAGCGAGCUUAA